AUGAUCGGCAACAAACUUGGCACCGCUCGGUGGCACGUCCAAAGCCACAAAAGAGUUUACUACAACAAUACGACUUCUGACAAGGCCGGAAGUAGAGAGAAAAACCUACGGUCCAUCACUCAACAAGAAGCAUCGAGCGCACAUGCCUCCUUUUGCCACACAAUAGAAGCACAUGCAAGUUGCAAACCUCUCAAAAAAAAAAACUAG